AUGGCACGCACUCGAACUAUACAGUAUAGACCUCGACGACAAGAACCGGCAAGGGCUCCCGGAGAGAUUUACCAGAUGCCGCACUCUUAUCUGGAUAUGUCGCCAAGGACAGCGCCAUGUGUCAUCGCAGACAUCCCACCGGAGAUGUUGCUCAUGAUAAUGGACCAUCUCCCAAUGCCUUCACGUCUUUCUCUAGCCCUUACCUGCAAGGGCUUUUAUGCUACUUUCCAUCUUCUGACAUCAAAUGUCCCCGAUGAAAAGGAAACUUCGGCAAUGUUGUUCAUGUUGCAGAGAGAUCUGCCCAAAGUAUACUUUUGUUUUUGGCGCCAGAAACUGUGUCCGUUGAACCAGGACCAGAACUGGGAGGGCCAAGUUGGUGGCCAUGAUCAUGUCAAGUCGAGUUUGGAUGGCGAUUGGGACUUGGUCAACAAACGAAACUUCAAGCUGAUGGCAUUACUCUGGCAUCCCGUCCAUGAAGAAGCACACCUUUAUUUCAUGGAAGCAUACUUGGCCAUGGACAGACACUUUUAUGGCGAGUCUCAUGGGCUUCCCCUUUCGACACUUGAACGACACCUCAAGUUCGAAAAAUUCAUCGUCUUGAACAGGACUGCUAUCAAUGAUCGAGAUGACUGGGAUGAUGACCUGAGAAAAGCUUUGAAGGUAUCGAAAGCUUGCAAACGGACUGUCUUUGAUUUCAAGCCACGACGGGGAUCCAAGGCAAAGGCUUUUCAAACCCCCUGGAGAUUUUCUUUUGACUCCGUACCCAAGAUUAUCGACAAUGAGCUCUACAUGGCUCGAACUCACACGGUAGAGGGGCCGGUGGUGGCCUGGGAGCACUUGGCGAGACUCUUGGAAAGCAUUCACUUGCCCAUUUGCUGCCACCUGAGAUGCAUUACGGAAACACACACGUAUUGCCAUAUUUAUAUCGCUCGGUGUUACAACGAUCGGAGCAUUUGCCACAAGGACUGGAAUCAGAAUCACCAUUUCCAACAAAGCGGUUCAUGCAAGUACUGCUACACCGAUUAUGACAUCUCGCUGCAAAGAGAUGAGGCAACAAAAGAGUGGAGGUUGAAGGUCUGCACAUAUCACUGCCUCGGACCUUGUCGCUCCCCAGACGACCUCAUUUGGGAUUAUCUUGUUCGAGAGGUUUGUGGGCCGAUGCAUCCUUUUUACUUGGAUAUGAAGCAUCGGCAUCUGCGUGAUCCGGGGAAAGCGCGGCGAAAGUGGCAUGAAGAUGAUAAGGGGGACUCUUCUUAG